AUGAAGAAUGGCUCGCUCGAGGCAGCCGUCUCCAAUGUCAGCCUUCAGUCACCGACACCGCCUCGUUCGGAUGGACCGGCUCCCAUCAUCCAGUUUCGCUUCUACGCCGGCGAGCUUGACGCAGUUCAGCGGCUCAUAGAGACCGAGCUGUCUGAGCCUUAUACGGUCUACGUCUAUCACUAUUUUCUGCGCACAUGGCCGCAGCUAUGUCUCUUGGCUUACGACAUGUCAAGCGAGCCAGCCGAAGCUGUAGGCGUCAUCGUAUGCAAGCUCGACGUACACAAGAGUGGCCGAAGGCGUGGCUAUAUCGCCAUGCUCUCCAUUCGGCCAGACAGAAGAAAAAGAGGCAUUGCCCAGCAACUCGUCAAGCUGGCCAUCGACAGCAUCGUCGACGAGGGUGCCGAGGAGGUACGCAUGCCCUUGACGCAUCUGCCGACUGCACGCCUUUUACAUCAAUCGAAAGUCUGCGUUUCGACUGGUAUUACCUAUCGAGGCACCGAUUCUGCAAUUUGA